AUGUAUUGGGUUGAAGAAGAAGGCCGUGUUCUUCCAUGUGGGUUCAGGUUUUGCCCUACUGAUACUCAGCUGUUACUGUUUUAUUUGAAGAAAAAGAUAUUGGGUCUCAACGAUCAUAUUGAUUUAGUCCCGACCAUUGAUGUUUAUGCUUCCAACCCAUAUCAUCUUCCUUUGAGUGAAUUUAAGUAUGGACAGCCGAAUGAAUAUUGGUACUUCUAUUCCAAUAGAAGAAGAGGCAAGAUUUUAACAGUCGAUGGUUAUUAUUAUCUCUCCUCCCGUAGGACCAUCUUCGACGGGAAGGAACUCAUUGGCUUUGUAAGGACACUGGACUUCUACCAUGGAAGGCCACCUUGUGGUACAAAAUCUCGAUGGAGUAUACAAGAGUAUAGAAUUAACCCUGACAAGAUCAAAGUUAAUGAAGAUGACCAUACUAUGAAAGAGAAGAUUUCAAAAUUUGUUGUCUGCAAAAUUGUUCAUAAACAAGUUUAUAUCCCGUCAGCUGAUGAAGUGAUAAUCGAAGAGCCCGAGCCCAACUCCUCAGAAGAUGAGAACAAUCUCAGUGAUGGGGAUGAGCACAAUCAGAGUGAUACCGUGCUAUCACAAGUGAAAGGUGAAGGGUCAAAGUCCUCAGGAAAUGAUAAGGAGAAUUUAGAGGAAUCCGAAUCAUAUGAUAGUAAUAACGAUAGUGAUAACAAGAUGGUGGUGGUGGUGGUGGUUGUUGUUGUGGUGAGGGUAGUAGUGGUGACAGAGUAG